AUGAGCAUGUGCUUAGGAAAGCAAACCAAUAGAAUUCACAAGGUUAAGAGGUUAAAUGGCAUUGAAUCUCUUGACCUCUUCCGUUUGCAUGCUUUUCCUGAAAACCCUGUAACAACUGAUGAUGGAAUGGUGUUAGAGGUAAUAAGAUAUGCUCAUGGGAACCCACCAGUUCUUAAGGUCUUGGGUUGUUUCCUUUGCCGAAGAGAUAAAACAGUAUGGCAAAGUGCACUGAAGAAACUGAAAAGGGAUCAAAAUUUGGAAAUUCAACAAGUGUUGAAAAUCAGUUACGACAGGCUAGAUAAUGGGAGCAAGGAUAUGUUUCUUGACAUUGCUUUCUUAUAUAAUUCGUCUUUUACAAGAGACCAUGCAAAAAGCAUAUUAGGUGACGCUGUGGAAAUGGAAAUUACUCUCCUCAUUGAGAAAUGUUUAAUUGAACAUGAUGAAGGUAACGAACUACGGAUGCAUGAUUUGCUGCCCCAAAUGGGUCAGGAAAUUGUACGUGAUGAAGAUAAAGAACCUGGUAAUCGCAGUAGGUUAUGCGAUGCUAUGGAAGUUUGUAAUGUAUUGGAAAAUUGUACAGGAACCACAGCAGUUGAAGUCAUAUCAUUGAACAUGUUUGAAGUUGAAAAAAAUGUGAUAGUGCAUCCUGGAGCCUUCUCAAACAUGCGCAACCUGCGACUUCUCAGUGUUUAUAAUGGUCAUGAUUAUACUGGCAGAUAUAUGCUGAUCCAAAAGUUCAAACUGUCCAUUCCUCAAGCUCUUCACUUUUAUCUUCCCACUAAGUUAAGGUUUUUACAAUGGGACUCAUACCCUUCGAAAUCGUUGCCACCAAAAUUUAUUCCUGAAAAUCUUGUUGGACUUCUACUUCGUGGCAGCCAUGUUGAAAAGCUUUGGAAUAGUCAUAAAGUUGUGGCUGUACAAGCUUGGUUCAGUUUCGUUCAUCCCUUCAAAAAUCUUGACGAGCUUACUUAUGUAAAUUUGAAUGGCUGCUCCAAACUCAGAUAUGUUGAAGGGAUGUUCAAGAGACCAGAGGAAUUAUCUGAAAGUUGGAUCCAAAAGUUUAAAAGCAAUGUAUGGCCCUACCCAUCUCAGGCUCACAUUUCUCAAAAGUUUGCACCCAAUUUAAGAUGUUUACUUUUACGUGAGACAGCUAUAGAAACAGUUCCCCCAUCAAUUGUGUAUCUGUCGGGUCUUGUUGAAUUAGAUUUGGGGUUUUGCAAAAGACUUAAAAGUCUUCCAACAAGAAUUUGUCAUUUGAAUUCUCUUGAAGAACUAGAUCUAGGAGGUUGUGAGAAACUGAAAACGUUGCCAGAAAUCUUGGACCCUAUGGGACGGUUCAAACGACUUUAUUUAAGUGAGAGUGGGAUUAGAGAGUUGCCAGAGUCGAUUGAAAAUCUAAUUGAAAUCUUUGCCAGAGAUUCCAUUCAAUUUUUAAGAUUUUUGCCAACGAUUUCAUCUCGACGGUUAAGUGUGUGUAAACGUGGCUGCAAAUCAUGGUCUGAUUACUUUACAUUUUACGGUUGUGGAAAAUUGGAUCAGAACACACGCAAAAUGCUUGCUGAUCAGGCACUAUUUCAUAUUCUGUCUCGUCUGAAUGGAUUCUCUGCCGGUGGUUGUCGUUCAGAUUAUUUUUGCUAUCCAGGGGAUGAAAUUCCAGAGUGGUUCGACCAUCAAACUUGUGGGAAUUCAAUCAGUAAUAUUGUGUCUCCUCCAAAUUGGAAUGAUCCCGAAUUCUUGUCUUUCGCUUUCUGCAUUGUUCUUCAUCAGAAUAAACUUGAUUUGCGUUCAUAUUUUGUUAUCAAAUGGAUAUUCAAUUCCCAAAGAUUCCGUUUUGGGUAUGAGUUUCCAUGUCUUUGUGCCGACAAAUUUAAGGAUAGGGAGGUCAGUUCAGAUCACAUGAUCAUGGCGCAUGUAACAAAAUGGGUUUUUCAACAUGAGUAUGAACUAAAUUUGCCAGACGUCUCUUUCCAUGCCUCUUUGUAUCUAAAAGAUUCUAGCGGGAUUAAGAAGUUUGGGGUUCGGUUUAUAUACAGACAAGACUUAGAGAGGUUAUAUGAAAAAGCUGAAAGAAAGAAUAAGACACGCUUCAAUGAAUGUUGUGAAUCAAGUGGAAGUGAAGCUGUUGAUUCUCUUGGGGAAGAAGACGAUUAUAAACGACAUUUUCGGAUAUACAAAAAUACGGGAGGGCUUAUAAGGUAA